AUGGCCAUCUUCACAACCAGCGAUGGAGCCAGGCUCUUUUAUCGCUACUACAUCCCCUCCUCUUCCCCACACCGACCCGCCACAAUCAUCGACCGCCAGCCGCUGACGCUUGUCUUUCUCCACGGCUGGCCCAUGUCCUCGCGCAUGUUCGACCAGCUGAUCGUACCGCUGGUCGAGACGCACCGCUUCCCCGUCAUUGCCCCGGACCGCCGUGGGUUCGGCAACAGCGACUGGACCACCCCCGAAACGGGCGAGGUCACCUUUGCGACCUUUACUCAAGACGCGGUCGCCCUGCUCGAGCAUGUGAUGCGAAAGAACCCCGGGCCGUUUGUGUUUGUGGCCGCGAGCAUGGGCACGGCCGAGUCAGUUCUUGUUCAUGCGGCUAGCGAGUUUUUGAGGGAGCACUGCAGGGGUUUUGUCUGGCUCGGGCCCAACAUGCCAUACCCUGUCAGGUGCGAGGAGUGUCCUGACGCCUUGGGUCCGGAGCGGUGGGAAGGAAUCAUCCAGUCCUUUCGCGGCGCCGGCGGCAAGGAGUUCAUCCUCCAACAGGUUCCCGGUAUUUUUCGCCUGGACCUGGGCAACCAGGUCGGUCAAACUACGCUGAAAUUCAUUGAAGGGCUGGUCUGCCAGGCCGAUCCGAUCGCCCUGGAGCGGACGGCGGUGAUCUUGCAGAAGCCCAUGGCGGCAGAGCUUAGGCAGAUGGCCAAGGCGGCUCUCGCGGAUGAGAAGAACCAAGUGCCCAUUUUAAUCCUCCAUGGAGAGUCGGACGCCGGCAUGCCGCCCAAGACAAGCGCGGCCUUGGUUCACCAGCUGGUUCCGUGGUCGCAGCUGAAGGUGUACGAGAAGGCAGGGCAUGGGCUUUAUCUGACACAUACCCAGCAAGUAUUGGACGACAUGCUGGCUUUUAUGGAGCCGAUUGCUGCUAAGGAACGCCAAUAG